AUCAAUUCAUUUGGGUUGCUUGGCUUUUGGCUGCUUUUUUUUCUGGUGGUGCCUUUUGUUCUGUUCUUGACCAAAGCGAAAAAAAAGAAGACGGUUUCAAUGACGGACAAGUUACCUCCUAAUUUGUUAAAACUCUUUGCUCCUCGACCGCCUUUACCAUAUGCGCCGCCGCUUGAUAAGAAUCCAGAAAAGCGUGUAGGCGCCGUGGUCACAGGCGUUGCCAGUCUUGUGCCCAUGUUGAAGAAUUACGAUCCCGAUUAUGUCCCAUGGAAAACCAUUGAAGAGAAACGUAGAGAAAGAAUUGCAGCCAAGAGAAAGAAAGCGGAAGAAGAUCUUGCCAAAGCCAUCAGCGAAUACAAUCCUGAGCAAAACGAAAAAGCCGAAGGCAAUCCUUUCAACACUCUUUUUGUAGCUCAUCUCAGUUACGAUUUGACAGACAAGGAACUCAAAGAAGAGUUUGAAUUAUACGGUCCUAUUAAAAAUUUACGGCUUGUACGAACGCCCGAAGGCAAAUCUCGAGGAUAUGCAUUCAUUGAAUACGAAAGAGAAAAAGAUAUGCGAGCUGCAUACAAGGACGCGGAUGGUUUAAAAAUUUUUGGUCGUCGUGUCCUUGUGGAUGUUGAGCGUGGACGAACCGUCAAAGGCUGGAGACCUCGUCGAUUAGGCGGUGGAUUAGGUGGUACACGCGAUGGCCGAUCAAAUGACAGUGGCAGACAGAGAAGCCGUGAACGACACUCAUCAUACAGUGACCGUGAUCGUGGCUACGGUGGCCGUUCUUCAAGUCGUGGUUACGGCGGUUACGGCGGUGGUGGCGGCUACGGAUAUGAUCGACGAGAUCGCGACGAUCGCAAACGCUCGCGGAUUUCCAGGAGCAGGAGUCCCCGUAGUUAUAAUAGAGAUAGAGAGCGAGACAGAUACGGUGGUCGUGGUCGAGAUCGCUCUAGAGACAGAGGAGGUCGCAGAGAUCGUUACUAAAUGGAAUGAUUUUUUAUGAUUUCCUUUCUUCUUUUUUUCCCUUCCACUUUCGCUUUUUCAUCUUUUAUCUUUUAUUUACCAUCAAAAACAACAACGUUACAGCACGGAACUGCUAGCACACAAUAAGAAAAAAAAAUAUCCUGUUGCCUUUACAUUACUGUAUUGCAUGGUAAGAAGCGGGUAAGGAUCCUGUCACCAGCUAGCUUGCGUAUUUUCUCUUUUUUUUUUUUCUCCAAUUGGAACAGCUGCAAAAUGCAAAUAUACAAAAAUCGCUUAAACUCUUA